AUGCAUUUGUGUUGGUGCUUCGUCUGGUCCCUUUUUUAUGCGUGGGCGCUGGCGGCAGACCUGGAGUCCUCCUUGCUGGCUCUGGCUUCUCUGUCACGGCUCUCAACGUCAACUUCCUCGCUGGCUGACUCCGUCAUCACAGUACCCUUGGUCGCCAAAAACAAGGGCAUCUUCUUCAAUGUUCAGCUUGGUGAUUUGGCCGUUCUUCUCGAUUUGCAGCAGCCCGACUUGUGGGUGCCCAGACCAGAGGCUUUGAUCCAGCUGUAUUGUAACGUCAGCGAUAUUCCUGGCACGGCCCUGUCAUCAAGACUGGCUGCCUUGGCGGAGUGUACGUCUGACUAUCCUUAUGGCAUGUUGUACGCGGAGACGACUCUCCUGUCAGAUAGCGGUUCUACGUCGACAAGUAGCGUGGAAACCUUAAUAGAUUUGCUGGGGAACCCGGUUAGUAUUGCAUACCCGAAUGCUAUCGUGGCUGAAGGUGAGGUUGGUAUCACCACUUUUAAUCUCUCAGACACCUCGGAGGGUGAUAUUAUCUUGGACGACUUCGCUUUUGUCUAUGUCAACCAUACCAACAUGAUCGCUGGUGGUCUAGGUUUGGCUGACAACUCUAGAGGCACUGGCUUUUUGAACUACUUUGUUAACUCAGAAACAAUAAAGUCUCAUGCCUACUCGGCUUUUAUGGAGUAUAUGCUGGACAACACGGAAGCCGCCGGCGAGCUUUUAUUAGGGGCAGUCAACAAAAAAUAUUUCGAGGGCGACUUUGUCUCGUUUCCAAUCCUACCAUACACCGGUCUCAACUCGGGCUCGACUCUUCCCACGCUUCUAUUGUCUGAUCUUCGUGUUGUGAAUGGAAACACCUCUCAAUCCGUUUCUCUCUUGGAACAAGACCCCGUCCCUGUACUCCUUGACACUCGAAACUCAUUCAAUUAUUUUCCUUUGGAUGUCAUAAUUCGUUUGGCACUUCAAACAAAUGCAUUUUAUAACAAAGAAAACGACGAAUGGAUCGUUAAGUGUUCUGACGUCGAGGAAAGUGAUGCUGAAUUGCAUUACCAAUUUGGUCCCUUAACUAUAAAGGCACCUUUGUCGUCCCUUCUUUACGCGUCUUCCAACGAUACCCCAUUGAAGUUCUCUGGCGAAGCGAAGGCUUGCAUCCUCAAUGUCAGCCCGUCGUCGUAUCUCGGCUACACAUCUCUCGGGCUCCCAUUCUUGACAAACGCAUAUUUUGCUGUGGACAAUGACGGCAAACACAUAGCGCUUGGUAAUCACAACAAGAACUAUACAGCAAAUACGGAUUUCUCGUUACAAUCAGGAAGUUCCAAGUCCAACAAAAGCGAUGAUGGAGCUUCAUUAAUCGCAUCAGGAACCAUCCCAUUUGCAUCAACAUACAACUACACUCUGUCAGCAACGUUGACCAUCAACCCUGCAAACUCCUCUGCAGCCGAGGCAGUUCUUACCAAGUAUUCUCUUGCUUCAAUUGUCUCUGGUGAGGUUGUUGUGUCUGGGCACUCAUCAUCAACAGUUGGACCCUUAAAACUUCAGAGCAGUAGGUCCACGUCGUCUAAAGCCAUGGCAGGUGGCGCGUUCACGCACUGGGAUAGACCCGGGAAAGAGAAGUUGCUCAUAUACGUGUCCUUGUUCAUAUUUGGAGCGUUUGUUGGUGUGGUCAUUUGA